UUUUGGGUUAUUAUUAUUUGAAGAACAACGAAUUAAUUUAAUUAUAAUAGAAAAAUGUAACUGGUUGCCUUUCUCGUACAGUGAUAUAUUUAUUAAUAACGUGAGAAAUGACGAUUAUAUAAAGAUUUAAAGGAGAAAAGUGAGAGGAAGUUGACAGGUUGAUGUUUGGAGUAAGAGGAAAUAACGUAAAAUUAAGUGUAGAUAAAAGAAAAAAACAUUUAUUAAUGCUCAUACCAAGUGUGCACAUCAAACUAACCAUUUUUAUUGAGUCUGUUCUGUACCUGAAGAACAGCUCACAGCCACCCAGGGAGUAGCUGCCUGCAAUCUUGUUAUUCUUAUCUUUCUAAGGUGUGAUUGUUAAAACAUCAAAUAGGACAAAAUAACAAACAAAAAAUUUUCAAUAUUCAGUGUACUGAGGAGUAUCUUUCAUAAUCAUGGAACAUAAACAUACAGAAGAAUCCAACACCCACAAGAGGAUACUCAGUACCAACCACCACAAUAGUCUUGUGCCUGGUUUGCAGGUCACCUUCUCUCGAACCAUGACACAGUCCACACCUACAGGAUCUGGAGGAGAUACUGCCCAAUCUUCAUCUUUGCUGGGAUCAGAGUUUUGUGAAUUAGCUUCAAAAUUUGAUAGGGAAAGCUUGAUUAAGGUUGAUUCAAUGCUUGCACAUCCUUGUCGAUAUUUAGAGGAGGUGCCAAUCUUUGAAAUAGAUGAGACUGAUGGAGAAGUCCAACAUAAUGAUCUUUCUGACACUAAUGUUGGCUUAACAGAGAGAAUGUCAAUUCUUGACACUGCUGGAUUAGACUCUUCCACAAAUUUUGAAGCAAGGACUGAAGAGAGUUCAGGGAUUUUGGCUGAUGUAGAAGAAAGUGGAGAGCCAAAAGAAACAAAGAUGGAUUUAUUGAAGCUGAACUCUGCUCCAUUCUUGGUGAGUGAAGAAGGUGUGAUGUUUCAGUGUUUCCCUAUAUCAGAAAAGGAAGUUAUUAUUGUAAGUUUGGAUGAUAAUUCCCUGUUGAUAAAUGAUUCCCUUACUGGCCAUGUAACUGCUUCUUCUGAGCCAGAUUCUGUAGGAGGCACUUCCCAUUUAAGAAUAUAUCCUGCUAACAGUAGUUCCACAGAAGAUAAACUUAACAUAGAAAAGACUGACUCACCAGUUCAUCAUAUAGAUGUACCUGCAUCAGGAACUGGAAACCAUGACAAUGUUUCAUCAACAAUCAUUCUCACAAACAACAAACAUGAAGGUAGUUGUAACGCACCAUCGUGUGGCACAACCGAAUUAGCUAAAUUAACCAGAAACUCGGCUACAAUUCACACGAAACAUAUCAAUGAAGUUAUUACUUCAUCGCUACCUCCCGAUGUGAUGAAAAAUAUACAGGUUAACGCCACUGUAAAUCGUAAAAGGAAAUUAAGUAUAAUAUCUGAGGAUGUUCCAGAAGGUCCACGAAAAGAAGCCAAAAUUACUCAUGCAACAAUUUAUGCUCCGUUUCAUCGAAAACCAAGAACCGUGGCAGCAGACCCAGAAGAACAGGGAUCUUCAGAGUGGUUUAGGUGCACAAUGUGUACUGAUGUUCUUCCAUCAGCUGCCACACUUAGACAUCACCUGGUUAAACAACAUCAGCAGCAGGACAUCAAGUCAUUCAUGUGUUUCCUGUGCAAGCAUGAGUGUUGGAGUGAAAGUCAACAGGAGUGGCAUCUACGUGUUCACCAUGGCAUUAAGAACAAGGCUGUGGCUUGUUCUGUAUGUGGUACGCAGCUGUCCACAUCUGCCGAAUGUAAGGCUCAUGUACGCAAGCACCUCGCUACCCUGGCAUGCCCAAGUUGUUCGCGUAAGUUCUCUGCUCAGCAUCAGCUAGUAGCACACGCCAAGCAGCACUUAGAGCAGCUACGGCCACACAGCUGCCUCAUGUGUGGGGCUCGAUUCACCCAUUGUGGAGUGCUGCAGGUACAUUCAUGGCGUCACAGGCCUCAGAAGUGUCCUCAGGAGGAGUGUGAGCAUAUAGCUGAGGAUGAAAGCUGGCUUGUAGUCCAUCUUCAAAAUCAGCACAAACUGACAGGCAAACAGAUCCAUAGUAUUAUAUCCCCUCGAGAUGCAUCUGAUCGUCGUAUGGAUAUAUUAUUAGAUAAAUAUUCAUCCUUAUGUGAAAACCCUCUGGCUCUCCUCAAUUCAUAUAAAGUUGAUGAUUAUUUAACUUUAGAGAACUUGAGCUUUUCACCCAAUGCAGUUUCAGGUGUCCAACCAAGGAGAAACAAAAAUGUUGUAGAUUUAGAAUCCAGCUCAGUCAGACAGUCUGAGGCUACAGAUAGUGAGGAUUGCAACAUAUUUAAAAAUGUUGUGAAUUGUUUGGUGGAGGCUGUAGCAGGUGUUGAGGAGGAAGAGAAGAAAGCAGUAAGAAGAGAAGAGGAGGUACUGCAGAAGGUUAUGGAGGAAGGACCAACUCUGUACCGUUGUGGGUUAUGCAACAUAUAUUUGCCCUCAGCAGAGGAACUUGCCACACAUAAAGCUGGACACAAUCAGGCAAUUAUAUGUCUGAAAUGCCAGAAGUCAUUCCUGAGUGUGAAGCAACUGAAGCGUCAUAUGACAGUCCAUAGCUCUCAAGAUACAAGCCAGCAAGGGGCAGACAAAAAUAAAGUUAUGCCAGAGCAUCGAUGUCUAGAAUGUGGGAAGACCUGUGGAUCAGAAUCAGCUCUCAGUAGACACCGUGGCACACAUGCACGUUCUCUUGGCCGGCAUCAGUGUCAGACUUGCAAACGUCGCGUGAGAACACGGGCCCAUCUCAUAGAACACAUGGCUCGUGUACACAAAAUAAAUCAUGAAUCAAAAAAGCUGCAGUGUUCCAUGUGUGAUAGAAAAUUUACAACCAAAACUCAUCUUGAGUCGCACUUGGUUAGCCAUGGUGAGAAGGAACCACUUUGGUCAUGUGACAAAUGUGGCCGUAAUUAUGUUCGUCCUCGCAGUCUGCAGCGACACAUGGCUACCCAUGAUUUCAAGUUUGCCUGCAGCAAUUGUGAUGAAACCUUUAUGUCUGCUCGUCGUCUGGCUAUCCACGCUAGAACCCAUGAUCCUUCACAUAAAACAAAGCUGUCAUGUCCCAAGUGCCCACAACGCUAUGCAUAUGCGAGCCAACUUCAAGUGCAUAUGCGAAUCCACACAGGGGAAAAGCCUUAUGUGUGUGAGACAUGUGGCAAAUGCUUCAAACGUCUACAACAAUGCCGAGCACACCAUCGUAUGAUCCACGGAAACCACAAAGAAGCGUGUCUUGAAUGUGGCAAGACAUUUGGAGACAAGACUAAUCUUCUGCGUCACCGCCUAAUGGUUCAUCAUCAUCUCAAACGCUGGGUGUGUGGUGUCUGUGCACAAAGUUAUGCAUAUUCCCAAGACCUUAGAAAUCAUCUCCAGAAGCAACAUAAUCUGGCUUUUGAAAGGCUUGAUGGAACCAACAAGAAAUCCAGACAUGAGGUUUAUGUUGUGCCAGAAAUGGGUAGUCAAGACCUCAAUCCAAUUAUGGAACAAGCUGUGGAAAGUGUGUGCUCUCUGGAGCGUCGCAAAGUACAGCAAGUUUUAUGUGGCUUCUCCGGCACAGUGAGGAAAACAAGAAAAUCUGGAAGUGAGAAUGCAGAGGAAGUUGACAACCCAGAUGACCCAACUUCACUUCAAGAUAGUCCUUUAGCCAUUGCAUCUCUCGCAGUAAAUGACCCUCCACCUACUCAGGAGACUCCUCUGAGAGCAACAUCUAUAUUAGUUCCCUCUGCAACAAUAUCAAUUCCCACUGUAAUUGAAAAUAGCCACAUUCAGCCAGAACAUAAAGGUGGUCAGAAUGUAACAGCAACAGUAGAAGGAGAGGUUCAGGGUUUUGUGAGGGUGUCUGGGGUUACUUGUGCUGAGUGUGGGGUUGAGGCUACCACACCCUUACAGUGUGGACCAUGUGGGGCAUUAAUGUGUUCACAAACACACUUGGAUCUUCAUGUUGCAUCAAAUCAUCAUGUGAUGUUUCAGUGUUCUGUGUGUGGUCUGCAUUAUGGAAGUCAGGCAGAUUGUGUGGCUCAUGUAACAGCAGUUCACUCAUCUCACUUGCUGGCAGUUCAGGGGGGUGCAGCAACCUACCUUACCCCACAAUCAUCUCAGCCCAUUCAGAUAAAUAAUGGGGGUAAUAUGCAGUCUCAAAUCUGCAUGCCCCUCAAUAACUCACAGUCCACCCCACAAUGUCUCUUGCAAGUAGGGGACCGUUCACCACAGGUGCCUCUCAUCAUUGCACCAACUACAGCGAAUGUGACUACACAGCAGCUAGAAACCAAUAAUGUAAUUCUUCAGUAUCCAAAUGUCAAUGUUCUUCCUGCAGGCUUUUCUGCUGUACCUCAUUCAACAGCAUUAAACCCUACCAAGAAUCAAGAAAAGCAAGCAGUAUUUACAAUGACAGGUUUUCUGGCAGGCCCUCAACAAACACAGCCAAAGCAUCAAAGAAAAGUUAAUCAUGUACUAGACAAACAAGAGAAACAGCCAUCAUUAUGCACCAUCACAAUUCCCAAUAGUAGUGAUGGAGGUGUUCUGCUUCCUGCAGGUGAUUCUGCUGCUGUAAACCUUUCUGUAGGGCAGAAUACAGCUAUGCUCCCUGCCAUCCUUCCCCACCAAACCAGCAAUGGGGAAAACUCUGCUUUUAUUAUGGGAAAUGCAGGCAUUGGUACUACACAGAAUGAUAGUGCCCCUGUCUUGUUAAUGGGUUCAUUGCCUUUUAAUAGUGUAUCAACUGGAUCCACUACUCUUCUACCUCAACCAAAGCCGUGCAACCUCAAUAAUCAAGCAAACACAUCCAUGGCCAGUGUCCUCCUCACACUGGCUGAACCUUCUCACAAUGACCCUAUGUCAUCAUUCAUGCCAAGUGAAUCAUCAAGAGUUGCAGAUGAACAAGUGAAGCAACACUCUCCCUCAUCAGUGCUAGUCAAUAACCUCCCACUGCAGAAAACUGUUGAAGAACAGUCAAACACUGAAGAUAGUUCAAACCUUCUACAGUCCAUAGUGGGACUUCCUGUACCAGAUGAGGAAGGGAUUCAUGGACCAACUUCAUCAGCCCUUCAUGAUACACUAGUCACUGAGGAUCAGGCUGAAGAAGAAGGUAUGAGCCAAAACCCUGUGCACGAAGUGAGUGUAGAAAUUAUUCAGACUCAACCACGGAGAUCCAAGGCCGAGUCACGAACAAAACACUACUGGGAGAAGGAAGCAUCACAAACACCAAGAGAUGCAGAUAAUGAACUACCUAACAACAGUGGGGUUGACCCAUCUUACCAGUGUUCCACAUGUGGAAAGAAUUUCCAGACUUCAGCUCAUUUAGAGAGACACCAACGCACACACGACAGUCAAAAAUUUAGAUGCCAAGUGUGUGAUAAAGCUUUUACGGAAAAAUACAAUUUGAAGACACACAUGUUGACUCACACACGAGCACGCCCACAUGUCUGCAGUCAGUGCUUCAAGUCAUUCAGAUAUAUGCGUGAUCUAACAGAACACAAGCGUACCCAUGAAGGAUCAAGACCACAUGUGUGUAAAAUAUGUGAGAAAUGCUUUGUGCGACGGAGGGAUUAUACGCGGCAUUUUCGGGAACAACAUGGUACUCAGCGUCACCAGUGCAAAAUUUGUGGCUCUUCAUUCAAGCGCCGCGUUUAUUUAGAAACCGUUCACAUGCGUACACAUCAACCACAGAUGGAUCAAGUUCCACAGGAGGGUAAUAAUCCAGUACAGAAGGCAACACACAGCAAAGAAACUAAAGAAGCUAAAGAAAGUCACAUGUGUAAUAUUUGUGGAAGAACCUUUGCUCGAGCUCGUUACUUAACCUCACAUUUACGUACACACUCCAGACGUGCAGAUUAUGUUCGCUGUCCCAGGUGCCCUCGAAUGUUUACAUCAGAGCAGACACUGAAGGUUCACAAGGAAGCCUUCCAUGACCGGGAGACCACAAGUACUCGAGGUUUUAACAAUUCAGAUUUUGAUGAUGUUGACCAAAAACCUGUUACUGAGGAAAGUUUCUUCCCAGAGGUACACAACAACAACCUAAACAUAUUAAAGGCUCCAGACCCAGCAUGCUACAUCAGACUAGUGCAUCCUCCUCAGGUGUAGAGACCUCACACUCAAUUUUAAUGUCUUCCCAGCUACAAUCACUAUCACCAGAGGUCACAUGCGAGCUGCUACAUCCUUCCUCACAGGUAAUGCCUAGUGAACAUCAAUCCCACCAUGGCACACACUCACACACUGGGGAGGAGCUGGAGAGAAGUGACCAGCAAGGAAUGAUGUCACUCAGUGUACAUAUGGAGGACUGUGUUCCCAUUAACUAUCUGACUCCUUCAUUUUCAUCUCCAUAAAUUAAACAUUUGUAAAGAAACUGUUGUGUAAUUUAAUUUUUGGGGGUACUGGUGAAAAGAUUAAAGGUUUAUGUUUAAUUGUCUAAUAUUUGAAAAAAUAAUAAUUACCAAUUUAUAAGCAUAAAUGAAAAAAAAAAUUCUUAUUAAAAAUUAUGUACUGUAUCUGGACAAAACCCCUAGUCAUAUAGCGUAUAUGGUUAUUUUUCAAUAUCAAGGGUAUUUUUUGUUA